AUGUCACCGCGACUUUCACAGUGAUAGGAAAACGACAAAAAAAUAUUAUAACCAUGCAGCGAGUAUGGUUUAUAGUAUGAGUCAGUUGGUCAUUUUUCUCGUCUUAAUCAGCAGACAGAACGAAAAAUAAAGUUGCUGUCUAGCAAUCUGAAGUACACGUGGUCGGACAGGUGAACAAUACGGUUUAACGUCCGAUCGGAGAAAAGUAGAAGGCGACUGUGUUACCACUGCGCCAUCCGACCACCUGAAUUGGCGGCUGUCACACGAAUUACACAAAAUCAAUAUUAUGUAUUUUUUAUUAUAGCAUUUCGACAAUCAUGAAGAUUUGGAUAGCUGCGUUCCUGGGAAUAGUAACAGCCAUUUUAACUGAUUACUUCCGAUGGAGAACGCCACAUCAAUUUGUCCGGAACUUUAAUCAGUCAUACGACUACAUAAUUGUUGGAGGUGGUGCCUCGGGUUUGGUGUUAGCGAAUCGUCUGUCAGAGGAUGCUGACGUCACAGUUUUGUUGUUGGAGGCGGGGAACUCUGAGUCUGAAAAAGCGGUAUACGAUAUUCCGUACAACGCUCCUAAAGCCCAAAUGACGGAAGCUGAUUGGAUAUACCGGACGGUACCACAGAGGCAUGCACACUUUGCGAUGAAAGAUAGAGUAGGCAUUUGGCCACAAGGGAAGGGACUUGGAGGGUCGACUCUUCUAAACGGACUUGCCUACGUCCGGGGUAGUCGCCAUGACUACGACGCCUGGGCGGCCAAUGGUUGUGAAGGAUGGAGCUAUGACGAAAUUUUACCGUAUUUUCUUAAAUCAGAGGAUAUGCGUGAAACAGAUGGGUUUGAUAAAGAAUACCAUUCUCGGGGAGGGCCGAUCGCUGUAUCAGAUUCCACCAAGUCUGAAUUGGCGGGCGUCUACUUUGAGGCAGCAAAGGAAAUUGGGUUCAAAGUUCACGACUGUAACGGAAACAAUGGGAUUCAAGAUGGCUUUUGUCGGGCAUGGGCUAUCAUUGGAGGAGGACAAAGAUGUAAUGCCGCUAAAGGGUUUCUACAGCCGAUUCUGGGAAGAAAGAAUCUGCAUGUAGCGAUUCAGUCACAUGUCACCAAGGUCAAUAUUGAAAAUAAGAGAGCAGUAGGUGUGGAGUUCGUCCAGCAGGGUCGGAAGAAGUCUGUAGCUGCCAGACGAGAGGUUAUCCUCAAUGGGGGAUCUAUCGGGUCGGCACAGAUUCUAAUGCUGUCAGGGGUCGGACCAAAGGAUCACCUCACAGAAUUAGGGAUCCCCGUUGUGGCUGACUUGCCUGUAGGAGCAGUACUAAGAGAUCAUAUGAUGUUCUUCGUAAAGGCCGAUAUUGAGAAACCAGUUAGUUACACGUCCGCCAAGGUCUUCACACCAAUCAACUGGCUGAAGUACUACCUCUUCGGUACAGGUUUACUAACUAGUAGCGCUGCUAUUGAGAGCCAGGCCUUUAUCAGGACGGAACCAGACAGGAAAACUCCGGAUAUUCAGUUUACACUUGUGAGCUCUUUGGAGGAACAUGGCGAUUCGUAUUGCACACUUUAACUACAGGGACGAGGUGAACGAAGCAUUGUUCAAUCCUAUUCAUCGAUUGGAUGUGACACCGGAAGGUUUUUCUGUCGCUAUCUUUCUCAUUCAACCCAAAAGCAAGGGUUCUCUUCGCCUGGUAAGUCGCGAUCCUUUCGACUACCCGCUGUUAGAUCCAAAUUACUUGGAGGACCCUGAGGACGUCAAGACCUACAUCAGAGGAGUUCGGUACAUUCAAAGGUUGAUGAAAACGGAUGCAAUGAAGAAACUAGGAACAUCUUUUCGUAAAACUGACAUACCAGGAUGUAAAGAGAAGACUCCGGAUUCUGAUGAUUAUUGGGAAUGUUUGAUACGUCAUCUCGCAACAACAGUUUACCAUCCAGCGUCUACAUGUAAAAUGGGUGCCCUCUCUGAUCCAACUGCUGUAGUAGACCCACAAUUGAGGGUGAAAGGUAUUUCCGGUUUGAGGGAUAGCUGAUUGUUCCAUCAUGCCCUAUCUCACUUCUGGUAACACCAUGGCGCCUACCUUCAUGAUUGCAGAGAAAGCUGCGGACCUCAUACGAGAGAAGGUUACUGUGAAAUCUCGUGAGUGAUGAUGUGAUAAGCUGCAUCAUAUCAUAAAGACAUUUAUUUAAAAUCUUAGCCUUUUGUGAAUGUGAAUAAAACGUGAAUCGAAA